GGGCGCUCUUGAUCGCGCGCGCGCGCGCGCGCCUGUUGUUUUCAGGUUAGGGUCGGCGCGCCACGCUGUCUCCCGCAGAGGCGUUCAAAGUCGGUUCGAUGCGGGAGCCGCGUCGCAAGGCGAGAAGAAGGACAGGAGAGGAGUAUUGUGUAUUCGUCGGCAGGUUCGCAGCGGCAAGCGGACGCCGCGUGACCUGCGUCGUUGAAUGUCGCAGACGCGAUGAUUCCGCGUUAGUCCGAAGGAUGAAGGUCGAGUCAUGUCAACGCUCGUCGAGAUCAGCAGCCCGUACCCCGUCGACGAGGACCCUGGCUUGCCCAGCAUGGUCGAGCGUAUCAGCUCAGCGGUGACGUACGACCAUUUCUUCUCCAGGCAUCUGGCAUGCAACAGGCCGUGCGUCAUCGGUCUGCAGGCGACCGAGAACUGGCCGUGCAGACGCGAAUGGGUGCUGAACGGGGCGCCUAAUUUCGAGGUGCUCCGCGCGCAGUUUGGACGCUCCGUUGUCCCGGUUGCCGAUUGCAACAGGAAGUUCUACAACUCGCAGUUCAAGGAUGACAUGUCCAUGGAACGUUACUUGGAGUAUUGGGUCGAUUACAAGCGGAGCUGCUACGCCAAGUCGAUGCCGUUGUUGUACCUGAAAGAUUGGCACUGCGUGAGAAGUUUCCCCGACGUGCCGAUUUACGAAGUGCCCGAGUACUUUGUGUCCGACUGGCUCAACGAGUAUUACAUCGCUCAUCCCGCGCUAAACGACGAUUACAUGUUUGUGUACAUGGGCCCGAAAGAGAGCUGGACUCCAUUGCACGCGGAUGUUUUCACGUCGUACAGCUGGUCUGCGAAUAUAGUUGGGAGAAAGAGGUGGCUGUUCUUUCCUCCGCACGAAGAAGACCACCUUCGUGAUAUUUACGGGCAACUGGCUUACGAUGCGGUUUCUGAGGAACUUAACGAUCACACGAGAUACAAAAUGUACGAUAGUAAAAAGUUAAAGUGUUUCGAUGUGAUUCAAGAAGCGGGGGAGAUUAUAUUCGUGCCUUCUGGGUGGCAUCAUCAAGUCUGGAAUUUGGAAGAUACAAUUUCCAUUAAUCACAAUUGGAUCAACGGCUGUAACAUCGCUUUUGUAUGGCGUGCGUUGAAAAAGGAAUUGAGAUCCGUCAUGAAAGAAGUUGACGAUUGCAAGGAUAUGAAGAACUGGAACGAGCAUUGCCAAUUGAUGCUGAAGACCUCUUAUGGCAUGGACUAUAAACAAUUUCUCGAAUUUAUAUCAUUUAUUGCUAAGAAUCGUUUACAUGCUAUGAUGAAAAAGAGUCAAGUCAUAAGCUUUAAUAAGUAUCGUUUCGGACGUAAUCAUUGUUUGUUUGAUUUGCGAGCACUUAAAACCAUAUUGGAGGAUAUUAUCACAGAUGCGCAGGAUCUGUCCGUGUACAAUUUGAUGUGCGAGAACGACGAAGCCCGCGUGUUGUUGAACAACAUCGCUUCGUUUCUCGAGUCGUCUUGUAACGUUGAGAAUGUAAUUCGUUCGUGAACACAAAACCUAAGAAAUUGUUAACAAGCAAGAUUGUCAAGAAACCAAUUGUAAAUUUUGCUGUAAAUAUAGCAUGUACUUUCACAGUGGCUGACACCACGUCAUUA